UUACGAACGGCGGAAAUAAUGCCUAAUCUUGAGGGACCAAAAUAUGAACCAUUUUCAGACUGUUGACGUGGCACCAGAAUACGGCGAAGCACGAGGCAGAAAUGAAGGACAUUACCCAGUUUUUCGCUUCCCCGCCUCGACGUCUCCGGCUUCCUCGCUCUCUCGACCUUCAAUGGAGAACUGGGAUAGCUGGAUCAGCGCGGCGCUCUCUACUCUCUCCGCGAGGAAUCUCCUACGCUCCACCCGACCAAUAAACCUUCCGUGCUCCGACGACGUCUCGGUCGAGAUUGAGACAUUCGACGGUCCACGCCACUGGGACCGGGCUUCGGUGGAAGUCGAGCUGGAGGAGGAAACUUUCCGGCAAUGGCUCGGCGAUCUCCCUUUACCCUCCGGAGGCAACGACAGGGAGGUGGAUGAAAAGCUUGCUGGGAAGAUGCUUCUCUUCUCGGGAAACGAUUACCUAGGGUUAAGCACUCACCCGGCGGUUCGAACGGCAGCAGCUAUGGCAUCCAAACAGCAUGGAAUGGGUCCGAGGGGAUCCGCCUUGAUUUGCGGAUAUACAAAUUACCACUGCCGGCUGGAAGCUUCAUUGGCGGAAUUGAAGAACAAGGAGCCCACUUGGCAAGUUUCUACUCCAUCCCAGUCAAAAGAACAAGCAUUAGUUCUUGCUGCAGUCCAAAAUCGAGAGAAUAAGCCAACAACUGAAGACUACACUAAGUGGAAACAGCUUAUACAAUCAAGGGGUCGUUCGUUCAUAUUUUCUACUUCUUUUCCAGUUCCCAUUGCUGCUGCUUCCCAUGCUGCUCUUUUUGUGGCCAAAGUGGAGAAAUGGCGCAGGCGAGCCAUUUGGCAUAGAGUGCAUGACUUCCGUUUCUUAAGUGGACUUCCUGUCACCAGUCCCAUAAUAUCUAUCAUUGUUGGAAGUGAAGAAUCAGCUCUGCUGGCGAGCAGGCAUAUGUUGUUAUCAGGUUUCCAUAUUACCGCCAUCAGGCCUCCAACAGUUCCUCCCAAUUCAUGCAGAUUGCGGAUUACACUCAGCGCUGCACAUACAUUUGAUGAUAUCAGAAAGCUCGUAGCUGCAUUGUCUCAAUGUAUUAAGUUGCCCAUUGUUGGAGGGGAUAUUGGCCAGUCGACUUCAAAGCUCUAGAUUUGAUCAUCCUGAACAUUUUCACCAUCUAUCUCGAUUGCAUAUCUGAAGAUUGGUUAGAUUUUUUUUUUCUAUCUGAAUUAUUACAAUUUUGACUUAAGGAUUACUAUUUAAUCGGCCAAUCUGCUUGCGAACAAAGAGCAGUAGAUUUAAUUUUUAUGUUCCAGUUUUAUCGGAUGUCACCGAAGAGACUUACUUAUUUUUAAUGUCGGAUGAGCUUAUUAUAGAGCUCAUACUGUGUUCUUUCAUGCUUAGUUCUAUGGGCAAAUUUUAUUUUUGGUCCUCA